AUGACAGAUCGUACCGCAGCACUUCCUGUUGCGGAAAGCUCGGCUCCAACUCAGUCUCCGAAUUACACGCUAGUUCGUGAACUAACUGGUCACGCAAAGACGGUCUCAUGCCUGAAAUUCAGCUAUGACGGACGAUUUCUUGCUUCUGGUUCUCCUGAUAAGACGGUUCGUGUAUGGUCAACUGGUGACGGACGAAUGUGCAGUUUAAUCAGUGGACACAGACUUGGCAUUAACGAUCUUAGUUGGAGCACGGAUGGAAAAAUGAUUGUGACUGCUAGCGAUGAUACACAAUUGAAGGUAUGGGAUGUUGAAUCGAAACGCACACUCAAAACUCUGAAAGGCCACGAUAACUAUGUUUUCUGCUGUGCGUUUAACCCACAAAGCAGCAUGAUUGCAUCAGGAGCUUUUGAUGAAACAGUUCGAGUUUGGGAUAUCAAAACCGGUGCUUGUGUCAGGACACUGCCAGCUCAUUCAGAUCCAGUUUCUGCUGUCUCAUUUAAUCGUUUUGGUACAUUAAUUGCAUCUUCAAGUUACGAUGGACUUGUUCGAAUUUGGGACACAUCAAAUGGACAAUGUGCUAAAACUUUAGUUGACGAAGAAAAUCCGCCCGUUUCUUUUGUUCGAUUUUCGCCUAAUGGUAAAUAUAUCUUAUCGGCGUCACUCGAUAGCACGCUGAAACUUUGGGAUUUAAACAAAGGCAAAUGCCUGAAAACUUACACAGGGCACAAACAUGGAAGCUUCUGCAUCAAUGCCAAUUUUUCCGUAACCGGAGGGAAGUGGAUCGUCAGUGGAUCUGAAGAUGGUAACAUUGUUAUUUGGAAUCUUCAAACCACCGAAAUUGUACAAAAGUUCAAGGCUCAUGAUACCGUUGUAUUAUCAACCGAUUGCCAUCCACAAGCUAAUAUGAUCGCCUCUGCCUCAAUAGAUCACGACGGUUCAAUUAAGUUAUGGAAAUCUGACUUU